AGGGAGAGAACAUUACGGGGAACCAGAACAAAAGUGUAAAAAAAGUCACAUGACAACAAAUUACAGUUAACUAAUGGAUUUCCAAAACGAUAUUAAUAUGAUUUGUUUCCUUAGGGGUUUGCAACAGUAAAUCAAAAUGCCUUCUCUUCGUAAAGUUAAAGAUUUUCUUGGGAACCACAGGAAAUUUUCUUCCAUUCAGAAAAUACUUUUCCUUUUCCUAGGGUUAGGAAUUCUAGCUGCAUUUUCAUGGAAAUUUAUGCUAAGCUUUUUGUGGUAUGUCCUGGUAGUAGGGUCAACGAUCGGUGUUUGUCAGUAUUUGAUAACAUCAAAACACAACCAAACCUUUCUGUUGAAAAUAUAUUUAUACGUUUGUAGACAUGAAAAGGUGAUAAUCAGUUGUUUAAGCUUUAAAGAAAAAAUUCAAGAAAUAUUCACUGUUCAAGUUGUUGAGGGAGAAGUUUUAAAGGACCCUAGUGAAAAAAAUCAGGCAGAUGAAAGUGAACGUUUUUAUGAUGCAAAAGAUUCAUAUUUCCCCAAUGAACAAGAAAAUUACCAAUCUAGCAUGCAGAUGUCUGAUAAAAGUGUUGCUGCAUGUACAAAAGUUUCAUGGCUUGAGGAGGUUGAAACCAUUUCUGAUUUGAUUCAAAAACAUUUCAUUUACUCAUGGCUAAAGGACUUUGAUCCCCACAUUGAUGUUCUAACCGAAUGUGAUAAAGUAUUGAGAGAUGGCAUAAUAAGUUUUGCGUACAAAUUAAAAACGGUAGAUCCAAGUGAUUUAGUUAGGGAAAUUUGCUUAAAUGGCUGUCAACAUUUACGAACGCUUCAAAUAUCGCGAGAUAAAUACAAAAUUCAGCCAAGAAGAAGACUCAGCUCAGGAAGAAGGGACUCUGGAAGUCUUUCUUCAUUAAAUCGGAGAUAUGCUUCAGUCGAAGAAGCGUUUGAAAUGAUUUCAACCUACCAUAUAGGUCUAUAUGGACAUGAGAAUGAAAAUAGCUAUCUAUUUAGUGUCUGUGAUAUCAUAUUAAAAAGGACAUUUGGUGGUAUAUUUUUAAAUUCACAAGUGCUAAACUAUAUACUAUCAGAAAUUUUAACAUGCAAUGUAUUGUUGCCAGUUUUAGACCUUUUAUCGGAACCAGAUUUUAUUUACGAAAAAAUUAUUUUGAUUUUGUCUGAUGAGGCACUUGAUAUACCUGUAGAUGAGGAAGAUUUUGUUGAAGAACUGAGUGAAAAAUUUCAGAUGGGUGAUAAUCAAUACAGUCAUGACAGUUCUGAUAAUACUUCUAAACAUUUAGGCUUGCAAAAUGAAAACCCACCUGAUAUAAUUGAAAAUCAAACUGCCUCUUCAAUCAAUUUUUCAUCUAUAUCACAAAACGGUGCUACGGAAAUAAAUUGUGAUGAAAAGUUUGUACCUGUUAUUCCAAUGGCCCUCAUAGAGCCAGCUACAGCCCUGUCAGUGUCUGAAUCAGACCAACCUUCACCUGUCGAAACAGGUUCUCCAGUACACAAGCUCAAUGAAAUGAAAACAUCAAAGCCAGAUUUUUUCCUCAGCUGUUCUGAUGAGGAUAAACCUGACAUGCCUGAUCCAUAUAUGAACAGUUUGGAAAUCAUCGAGCCCAAGCCAGCAAUAUUUCUGGAUGUUUGUAUUAUUGAUAGUGAAAUUAGAAAUGAAAGCAGAAGUAAUUCACAGUUUGUGCUAUAUGUAAUACAGUACGAUGCUCUAUAUUGGGUUGAAGCAGAAAAGGAGCCAGUUCUACGUACAAGGCAGGCUAAAAGACGACAUCGGGAAUUUAUUAAUUUACAUUCUAGAUUAGAAGAUAAUACUUUGUACAAAAAAAGUCUGAAAGGAGUUAAAGGUCCAAAGAGAUGGCAAACUCUACCAUUUGGAAAUUUGAACAAGAAAAGUAUUGAAGACAGAAGAAAAAACUUAGAGGCUUACUUAAAGUCAUUGAUCCAGAUAGAUGAUAUAUGUAAUGGUGCUGAACUGAAUGAAUUCUUGGCGUAUGAAGGGGAUGGCCACAUUGCAUUUGUCAGGAAAACACCGGAAAAUAGUAUACCAAGAUUUGAUAAGAUGAUUGUGAAGACGAUGUCUGGAGUUUUUGACGAGAUAAUAAAGAUUCCCAGUCGUGUCAACUUUCCAAGUCUGCCUGGUAAAAAGGAUACCAACAAAGAAAUUGAAAAGAAUGAUUGUGAUCAGAUAGCUGUGGACUUUGACCACGAUACAAUAUGUGAAAGCCAACAAGAAAAGCUACAAGAGUUUGUUAAAAUUUGUGAUUGUCCAUUUUUCACGUCAGAAGAUUUAACUCAGAACAAAUUAGAGAAGUCAGCAGAUCAAUUAUCAGAAGAAGAUAUAUCUUUAGCAGAAGCUGUUGUAGAUAUUGGCGUACAAACUUUACAAGGGAAAGAUAACUGGGUCUGCAGAGAAAGGGUCAUUAUUGUGGUGAAACAUUUGAUAGGGGUCAUUCUAGACAGAUGGUUAAGGGACCAGAUCAGAGAUUUGACAUCAGAACAGAUGUGUGUGAAGUAUCUCCAGUUGUUACGAAGGACUGUGUGGCCGGACGGAGAAUUGUUUGAAGGUGGCAGACCAGUAAAGACAGACAGACAGAAAGCUGCAACUAAAGAACAGGCUAGAAGAUGUCUGGCUCAGUUUUUUCCAGAUACACUAAGAAGUCUGGUUGGAAAAGAAGAUUUUGACCAUGGCAUCAACGAAAUAAUUGAAUCUUUGCAAUAUAAAAAACUGAACAGACACUUGAUUUAUACAUUAAUGGACCAAUUGAUGGACAGUUUGUAUCCAGAAAUCAGGAACAGAAAAAGUUCUACAUAGAUACAGGAAACCAAGGACUUAAUUACCAAACAGGACAAAGCUGUCUCUUUCUUUACUAAAAAUUUUAUUAAGUUUUCUUUUAGCAUGUUAAGUUGUAGGCCACAAACAGGAUUAUUGUCCCUUGCCAUGUGGGCCAAGUUUUUCAUGGGUGUAUGGGAUGUUGACCAUUUUAUGGAUUAUUGUAUAUGCAACUACUCUGAGAACAUAUUCCAGACAGCUAUGAUACUUGAUAGGAUGGUGUGUCAUUAUGUGUAAUUGACCACAGGUAUUUGAGGACAGGAAACCCUUUGGGUGCCCCUGAGUGGGAGUAUCCGGAAUGACCCCCUAUGUAGUUUUAUUUAAAUACAUUUUUUUAUUAAACGUUUAUAUAAAUUGUUUUGACCAGGAAUACAUUUUGAAGUUACUGACAGACAGAAUUUGAGAUAUUUGCUGGCUUUCGAGGUACUCCAGCUCAGGGGCACUCAGAAGAUUACCUGUGUAAUUGACUGUACAAUACCUUCAAUUCCAUUGACAAUUUAUGCAGAAAAUAUGAGACUUUGACUAUUGUUUGGUCUUCAACUCCUCUGAGACUGUUUGACAGAAAAAUAUCAUACUUUAUAUAGGAUGGGUUAACAUCUUAUGUAGUUGAAUACAUGUUACUGUCAUUUUGAUUUUGACAAUUGUUAUGGAAGUUAUGAGACUUUGACCAAUUUUGUACUAUUGUAAUUUGUUGAUGACUGAUUUUAAUGGCAGAAAGUUUUUGAAGUUAAAAGUUGGAGUAACAUAUUUUUGUUUUUAUAUUUAUUUUAUUGUUAUAAAGAUUUAUAUUGAACUUCAUUAAUAGGGCCAUAUUGCUGUUAAAAAUUCCUUGUGUUCAAGAUAUAGGGUAUUGGUAACAUUUACUGCAGAACUUGUAUUAGAUAUUCAGCCAUGGUUUUUUUUAUAUUUCAAAAAGUUUAUACAAUAAAAACAUUGUCAAAGUUAGAACUGUCAAUUGGAAACACAUGUACCUUAGGGACUUAUCAUUUUAUAACUGGGAGGAGGGGGAGGGCUGGUCAUUUUGAAGUCAAACAUAAAAUUUUCUUGAUCCCCCCCAUAAUAUUUCACUAUUUUUAUUUAAUCCCCCCCUUAAAAACAUUUAAAAAAAAUGUGAUCCCCCUCUGAUUUUAACAUGCAAAACACUUACCUUUGACACACAUACAUGACAUAUGUAGGAUAUACCUGAAGAUUCAAAAGUUCACAAAUGUUUCAUUAGAGAUAAAAUUGACCCCCCCCCUCCCCCCUAGGUAAAGAAUGAUAACUCCCUUAUGAGUAUCAUUUAAAAAACAUUUUAAGAUGAUUUUGCUCUAGGACUUAUUUAACAUUGUAUGUAUUAUUAUACUCUUAAGGUACAUGUUCUUAAAUCCAAAGAAGUAAUGUCAUCAACAUUUAGCAAUAAAUUCCACUCAAACAUUUGCAGGGGGUCAUUUCAAACUUUUAGUGAUAUGUGUCAAAGGUCACAUUUCAACUUUGAGAUGAUUCUUUUUCUUCUUGAUCAGGAGACAAAAUUAUCCAAGGGCAAUAAUCAUUGAUAGAUUUCAAUUGAUGUCAUUUGAGUUUGAGUUACAUCCCUUGACCACUAUGUUGGAUAAACCAAAUUUAGACAUGUGGUACAAGCCAGUCUGAUAAAAGUGUCAAAAUGUAUAAGAAUAAUGAUGGACCUUGUACAAUAUGUUUUUAGUGAUAAGAUAUUUCGAAUGUGCAAUAUGUAUCAUUAGUUAGAGAUAUAUGUGUGUGAAAUUUUAAUAUUUUUUUUCUCAAAUGUACUGCUCUUAAGCAUAACCAAUUGUUAGCUGUAGGUUAUAAGGUGAACACUUACUAAUUAUUGAUAGCCUUGAAUAUACAAAAAUCUAUCUUUUGUCAUAUUUUUUACAAAUAACUGUACUAAGUUUUACUUUUAUAAAAGUUGUUAUUUUAAUUAUUAACAAAUGUUUGAAAUGGCAUACAUUUAAUAGUGCAAUUUGUAUAAAGGGGUGCAUAGUGGUAGUGCAAUUCUAAAUAUUUAUCAUUUAACUAAAAGUACAUAAAUUCAUUUUUUAUGAAUUAUGAAUUAAGAAAACAAUGAAUAAAUAAAGAAUAUCACAUAUAUAUUAAAUCCUGAAAAUCUCUUUACACGCAUACAAUUUAUAAAAUGUUAUUUCAUAUCAUAUCUUCUGAGUAACAUUCACAAGUUGUUGACCUGUUUGUCCUCUAAGAAUGGUGAAUAUCUGCAGAGUAAUAUAUAGUUUGAUGUAUUUUUAAUUUUUUUACCCGUUUUAUGUCUUUUAGUAUGAUGGUUUUGCCCAAGUCUGCAUACAAGCCUAUAGUAAAUUUAUACCUUGUACAUUAAAUUUGUGGUUCACGUAUACCCAUGAAAUCUAUGAAAAAUUGGUAUCCAUGGAAUAAUAAUGAACCACAGUAAAUGGCAUUGCAGAGCGAGAAAGACUUGCUAUAGAUAUCCUUUGGCAUAUAAAAAUUGCCUUAUAGCUUAUGGUUAAGAUCCCACAACUCUGAAAUGACAAAACUAGAAUUUUAAAAAUAGAAUGCGAGCUUAUUUUCACAAAUCCUAACAACAAUAUAAAGCUUAAAGUAUUGCAAUGUUUUAUGCUUACAGGGCGUGGUAAUAGAUUUCACGAUUUUCAUGACCAUUCCAUAAUUGGCAUGUUUUGUAAACUUGGUUAUUAUUAUCAUAAUUGUUUUAUGAAUGUCGUGUUAUGUAAAGUUGAAUUUAUGCAGCUUUACCACCAGGAGUUUUUAUUUAAUAUUAUGGAAGUUUUUGAAACUUAGUUUUUUUUUUAAACAUCUCAAUAUAUUGAAAAAAGUUUUGUCAGGGAAAAAUCUGGUUACUGCUUUUUAAUCUACAAAGUUUAUGUAUAUUUAUGUGUUCUUUAAAUAUGACGUGAUAGAUACUUCUAGUCGUAACCAUGUUGCCAUGUAUAUCCUUUAGGCUUAUUCCAGGGAUAAAAUUAUGAGGAUUAGAAUUUGUUUAAAAAUUGGAUGUAUAAUGUUAUUGAAAUGUUUUGGCAAAAUACUAUUGUUUUCAUUAUCAUCAUCUGAAUGUUUUAAGUGUGCCUUGUGUAUAUUAUAUGUGCACUCUAAAUGCUGUUUUUAAUAUAAUAAUACUCGAUGUGAUGAACAUGGGUACUGUAAUUUGUAAACAUGGAUAUUUCCCUGUGUUGUUAUUUUUGCAAUUACAAUUUUUAAUAGUUCAAGCAGAAGUUAAAUUUAUGCAUCAAAAGACUAAUGCACCAUUCAAAUCAAUGUUGUUUAUUUUUAUAAACUUUUCAGGUUGGGAUAUUUUCCCCCAAUUCACAAAAUUUAAGCAAAACUAAUUCAUGAACAUUUCAAGAGGAAAGAAGUUAAAUUUGUGCAUCAAAGAUGAAUGCACCAUUCACAUCAAUGUUGUUUAUUUGUACAAACUUUUCAGUCAGGGAUAUUUUCCCCCAAUUCACAAAAUUUAAUCAAAAUAACAGAAAAAUUUCUACAUGUAUCAUAUUAUUCACCUGUGUGUAUAAUGACACAAUAUUCAAAAUGUGUGAAAGAAACCAAAGGGAAUAUUCAAAUACAUAUGCCAACAACAAACUGACAACCCAUGGCAAUAAAAGGAAAAACGACCAAAAGACAAACAACAGUCUACAAAUCACAACAUAUAAAAUAAAAGACUGAGGAACAGGAACCCCUUAAAAAAGGGGGGGGGGGUGAUCUCAGGUGCUCUGAAGGGUAAGCAGAUCCUGCUUUCCAAGUUGCACUUGUCGUACGCGUGUUGCUCAUGCAAGUACAAAUUUGGUGAUAAGUCUCAUUCAGUAGGUCACAUUGGAGGAAAAGAGGAUUAGAUUGUAAUUAUAAUAAUUGGAACAUAUCAUUAGUCAUCUGUGAAACAAGUCAUCUGUGAAACAAGUCAUCUGUGAAACAGAUAUUUGAUAAAGGUCAACAUACAUACACAUGAUGGCCUCUGUGAAAUUUUCAAGGGAUGAUUUCAACUUCACCACUUGUAACCCUAGGUUUAAUAGCUUCCUUGUUAGCAGCAACCCUCUAUCAAGAAAACAAAAUUAUAAGAAACUUAUGCUCUGGAUUAUCGUAUCCUUUGUGAGAUAUAAACUCCAUAUAUAUAUAUAUGUAUACACUGCUUGAAUGUUGUGACGUAGAAAAAUGAAAGUUCACAAUUGGAAUGCUGAAAUCAUCUCUUUUGUCUUAAAAGUUUGUACUCAACCAACCCUUAUUGUCAAUUUUAGAAGUUAAAAAGUGUUGUAACAUGCAUGUGUUGGCCCCAAAAAAAUCAUUUGACAUGUGGAGACAUUUUGAAUGCACAACUUUUAAAAGUAUAUACAUGUCCAUGAGCAUGGUUUCAGGAAAUAAUCAUUUGUGUUUUAAAUUGACUAUAUGUUUUGAACAUUUUUUUUUUACAAAUGGCUUGGGAAAUUUAGUUGUGUUAUAUCAAUAGGCAUUAUUGUUUUUUUCAUAGCAUCAAAAUGGUAAAACUGAGAACCUAAUGAAAAUGUUGUAAUUUUGAGCAUUGAAGAACUGGUUUGUAAAAGUAUUGAUUGCCUUUUUAAUAUUAAUUUGCUAUGCAUGUUUUUUUAUUAUUUUUAUCUUUCCAAAAUUUUAAUUCACUAUAGGUCAUCUUUGGAAAAAGAUUUUAUUUAGUUAAUAAUAAGAAAAAUUCUAGAUUUUCACCACCAACCUCCUCUCCCUUUAGCCCUGUUUUAUUUUAUCUCUGGCUUAUUACUUUUUUUUGCUCCAAGAUUUUACAAAAAUAGCAGAAAUAUACCACUUCCCCUCAAAUUGUUCAAAAAGUAAAAUGAGAAUCUUGGAAUGGUUAAUUUUUUAAUGAUUAAAUUUGCUUAUUAUCAAAUGUCAUGAUUUUUUAUAUUUGAGAAGAAAACAGCCACAUUCUGCAAAGAUUAUUUUUUUAAAGUUUACUGUGAUAUUUAUUAAAUUGUAUAAUAUAUUGGUUUAGUUGAACUAAAUAGUAAGGAAAUGAGAGAACAUUUUUUACUCAGUUAUAUGAGGGUCUUGAUGAAAAAAAAUAAAUAGAGAAAAAUGGGCUUAAAAAUUAAAGAAAACAGAAAUGAAGGACCCCAUCCCUACCCCCUUAUAUCAAUAUUACAACAAAGGAAUUAUGGAAGAUCUUUCAAUUUAUAUUUAAAGGAAGUAGUCAUGUGACUUUAGAACGUUAAUCAAAGAGGGGGAAUCCAAAGGCACCAUAUAUUGAUGAUGAAGGGGUUCAAAAUAUCUUUUCACAUAAUAAUACAUUAAAUUUCUAAUUAAUAGUGAAUGUGUUGAGGUCGCGUAGUGAUUUCCAGCUUCCCCUUACAUUUGAUUUUGGAAUAGCCCUCACCAUUAUAGAUAACAGGUUUUGUCCUUCUAGAUGUGAGCUUUAUUUGACAUUGUAGAAAAUUGACUUUUGAUAUUACUACAUGUGUCAGUAAACAAAAUUAAUUUAUAAUAUAUAGGGCAGAAUGAUGGUGGUUGUAUUUUUAGAGACCUGCAAGGUAAAAGCAGAAUUAUUGAUAGGGCUGGGUCCCACAUAAUCAGUAUGCAUUCCAAGUAGAUUUGAUAUUUAUUGUUACUAGUAAGGUACUUAUUUUGUGAAUUUCCAUGAAGCAUGAAUUCAAGAGUUUAGUAAAAUGCAAAUUUUCUACAAACCUAAAACUCGAAAACUGUUAAAACUAUGAGAUCAAAAUAAAAAAAUAAUAUAUACUAUUAUACAAUGUACAAAUUAU